UCGACGCGUACGGUUUGAAAUCGGUCGCAGCUCGGUCUCGCCUCGGUCAUUGGUCCUCGGAAUACUCUCUCAGCAUGAGUGCCUCGGGUAAAAGUUUAUUGGGUCUGUGGCUCUAUCGCAGUGGUGAACAGGAGUGGGCCGUUAAACAGGGCAGUCCUUUGCAUGGACCCCGCAAUAAAAAGGAUCUUGGGGGCUCGGACAGCAUUGAGAAUCCUGGAUUAAAUAAUGUGAACAAUAAGCUCAACUCGAUGACCAGUGAUAUGUUGGGUUGUGGUGGUGGUGUUGGUGUUGGUGGUGGUGGUGCUGGUCAAGCUCCAUGUUCCCCUGGCGAUAGAGUAUCGAUUAUAUUCACCCUGAAGAAUCAGGUGGGCAAUUUGGCUAGGGCCUUGCAGGUCUUCCAGGAGUUGGGCAUCAAUGUGCUGCAUUUGGAAUUAUCACCAUUGGAGAAUGCCACAAAUCAGGCUGAUGUUGUGGUCGAUGUCGAAUGUGACCCCAAACGUUUGGAUCAAGUUCUGCAGAUGUUGAACCGUGAAGUUCAUUCAGUGAAUUUCACUUCGGUGGACAAGAAUGCUUUGGUGAGGGCUCCCUCAUUGUCGGCUUGCUCCAGUUUUGAUUUUGGGGAUAUGAUGUGGUUUCCUAGAAAGAUUGCUGACUUGGAUAAAGCCCAAAAUGUUUUAAUGUAUGGCUCGGAACUGGAUGCGGAUCAUCCAGGUUUCAAGGACCCCAUCUAUCGUAAAAGACGAGAGAAAUUCUAUUCGAUUGCUAUGAAUUUUAAGCAUGGAAAUCCCAUACCUCGAGUGCAGUAUACACCGGAAGAAAUUAAAACCUGGGGUACGGUCUUCAAUGAACUUCAUCGUUUGUACAUCAAAUAUGCUGUACCUGAAUACAUGGAAAAUUGGCCGGAAUUGGUUAAGUAUUGUGGCUAUCGUGAGGAUAAUAUACCUCAGCUGCAAGAUGUGAGCACUUUCUUGAAACGCAAAACUGGAUUCCAGCUGAGACCUGUUGCUGGCUAUUUAUCGCCUAGGGAUUUUCUGUCGGGUCUGGCAUUUCGGGUAUUCCAUUGCACUCAAUAUAUAAGACAUUCUUCAGAUCCCUUUUAUACACCGGAACCGGAUUGUUGCCAUGAGCUUUUGGGCCAUAUGCCACUUUUGGCCAAUCCUAGUUUCGCUCAAUUUUCCCAAGAAAUAGGUUUGGCCUCAUUGGGCGCCUCCGAUGCAGACAUAGAAAAAUUGGCUACGUUAUAUUUCUUUACGGUGGAGUUUGGUUUGUGUCAUCAAUCGGACAAUUCUUUUAAAGUUUAUGGUGCUGGCCUUUUGAGUUCAGUGGCAGAGUUACAGCAUGCCCUUACCUGCAAGGAGAAAAUCAAAAAGUUCGAUCCUGAGGUAACAUGUAAGGAGGAGUGCAUUAUAACAUCCUAUCAGAAUGCCUAUUACUACACAGAGUCCUUUGAAGAAGCCAAAGAGAAAAUGAGAUCCUUUGCCGAGAGUAUUCAACGUCCCUUUGGUGUACGUUAUAAUCCCUACACUCAAAGUGUUGAGGUUCUUUCGAAUGCUCAGAAAAUUACAGCUGUUGUCAGUGAACUCAAGGGUGAUCUAAGCAUUGUUUGCUCUGCAUUGCGUAAAAUUUCCGCCACUGAUGAAACUUUAGACGUCGAAAGUAUUGCCAAUAUGUUGCAGACCAGUUUAAAUGUUCGUGGCGAUCGUACUCCUCAGAAUGCUAUAAGCCCCGAUAAUUCGGAUAACUCACAACAUUCCAUUGUGGUACAUACACCGGAUGAAUUGGGUGAAAUGGACUAAAGAGGACAACUAUAAAGCAGCCAAAGAUUCAACUAAAAAAAAAAAAAAAAUUAAUUAAAAAGGGACCAUCAUAUUAUUGUUGUAUUUUUAAUGUGUAAUGUUUUUUCCAAAUUUGAUUCUCUCCAUGACCUUAUUAAUGUUAAAGUAGAAAAAAAGGCUUAAAAAAUAUAAAUGUGUAAAUGCUACAUAAAAU